ACGACGCUUUUACACUCAUUUCCGGUUUCAGAUAGACAGACGGUGUAUGUCAAAAGGAAAGUUGGGAAUAUUGUAACAGGUGAACCUGAAUUUCAAGAUGAAGCGGUGGUUAACGGGCAACGACAAACGUCACAAAGAGCCAGAAUUCUUUGAAACGGUGGCAGAAGGACUUAAAAAGAUAUACAGGACGAAAUUAUUACCGCUUGAAGAGUACUACCAAUUUCAUGACUUUCACUCCCCGCCCCUUGAAGAUCCGGAUUUCGAGUCCAAGCCGAUGAUACUUUUAAUAGGACAGUAUUCUACUGGAAAAACUACAUUUAUCAGGUAUUUGCUUGAACAAGAUUUUCCAGGCAUUCGAAUUGGUCCAGAGCCCACCACAGAUAGAUUUAUUGCUGUUAUGAAUGGGGAUCAAGAAGGGGUCAUUCCAGGAAAUGCUCUAGUAGUGGACUCUAAAAAACAAUUCAGACCGCUGACAAAGUUUGGAAAUGCCUUUUUGAACCGAUUUCAAUGUUCUAUGGUAAAUAAUCCAGUUUUGGACAGUUUGACAAUUAUUGACACUCCUGGUAUUCUUUCUGGUGAAAAGCAAAGAGUGGAUAGAGGAUAUGAAUUUGCAGGUGUACUAGAAUGGUUUGCUGAGAGAGUAGACAGAAUUAUUCUUCUCUUUGAUGCACACAAAUUGGACAUUUCUGAUGAAUUCCGCAGGGCAAUUGAUGCCAUCAAAGGCUAUGAUGAUAAAAUCCGAAUUGUCCUAAACAAGGCUGAUAUGGUGGACCAUCAACAGUUAAUGAGAGUAUAUGGAGCUCUGAUGUGGUCUUUAGGAAAAGUGCUUCACACCCCCGAAGUAUCAAGGGUUUACAUAGGGUCAUUUUGGGACAAUCCUUUACAUUUUGAUAUGAACAGAAAACUGUUUGAAUUGGAAGAGCAAGAUUUGUUUUCAGAUCUUCAGAGUUUGCCUCGAAAUGCAGCACUACGGAAGCUGAAUGAUCUUAUAAAAAGAGCUAGACUAGCAAAGGUCCAUGCAUACAUCAUCAGUGAACUCCGAAAAGAUAUGCCUUCCAUGUUUGGAAAGGACAACAAAAAGAAAGAUUUGAUCAAGAAUCUAGGAGAGGUUUAUGCUAGAAUACAGAGAGAUCACCAGAUUUCACUUGGAGAUUUCCCAGACAUGAAGCGCAUGCAAGAACAGCUGACGCAUCAUGAUUUCACCAAGUUUCAUGCCCUAAAACCAAAACUUAUAGAAAUCGUUGACCAGAUGUUGUCUGUGGACAUAGCCCGUCUGAUGCAGAUGAUUCCAAACGAAGAAGCUGUCAUGUCCAGAGAACCGCAAGUCAAAGGUGGAGCAUUCGAUACCAUGAACCAGAGCAUGUUUGGGUACGGGCGAGGCGAAGGAGUGGAUGAAGGAAGAGGCGAGCGAGAAUGGGUGGUGAACCAAAACAAGAUGGAUUAUGACGAAUCCUUUGACAAGCUGAACCCCAUCAACGGGAAGAUCACCGGAGCUGCAGCCAAGCAGGAAAUGGUCAAGAGCAAGCUUCCCAAUUCUGUCCUCGGCAAAAUCUGGAAACUGGCCGACAUCGACAAAGACGGAAUGUUGGACAUGGACGAGUGGGCUUUAGCAAAUCAUCUGAUCAAGAUCAAGUUGGAAGGCCAUGAUUUACCGGCCGAUUUACCCGAUCAUCUUAUCCCUCCAUCCAAGAAAAAGGAAAAAUUUUGAAAACGUAUUCAGUAUGAACCUUUUGUUUUGGAAGGAAAUUUUGUGAAGAGAUCUGUUAAAACCAUCCAUUGAAAACAUCAAUAAUUUCAUCUCUGUCUAAAUGUAGUCAAAUUGGUAUCAUUUUACUAGCUUCCAGUUUGGCAUCAAAAGUAAAUCAGUGUGUGUAAUUUCAAACCAUUUAUUGCUGCUUACUAUACAAGUUGAUCGUUAAAAAAAAUGUAGAAAUUGAAUGAGUAAAGCGAUUGACCUUAUGCAGUUCUAAAUUAAUGCUGUAUUUCUGGGGUGAUCUUGUAUGCAAUAGAGAGUAAAGAGUCCUCAAAAGCAUGUACAUGUAAUGAUGAUUUACCACAGCUGGUAUCUGAACAUGAUUACAAGGAGCCAAACAGUGAUAAGAAUAUAAUCUUCCAAGAUGAAACCUAGCUAUUAUGCUUUAUGUAAAAUAUUAACUGUGUAACAAAUACAUGUAAUGUGAAGUGAAAGUACUAUAGUAUUACAAUGUAUAUGGUGAUUGUUAGAAAAUUCUGUUUUAUCCAUUUGAUUAAGUAGUGUGGACAUAUGUGAUGAUGACACAAAUAUUGCUUGGAGAUAAUGCACAGGCACUGAAUAGUGAAUACUACAUAUUGUAAACUAUCUUAUUCAUGAAUACUACAUUGUCAACCAUUUUGUUCUGAUAAUUUUAUUGGGUUAAGUAUAUAACUGCUGUGAAGUUGUUCCUUGCUGUUUGAUGUUUACUGUUCAGUAUCGAGCUGAUAGAUAUCUCUUCAGGCCUUUCAUUAUAUGACAUACUAGUAACCCUAGAUCACAUGAUCCCAUGAUAAAUUUUAUGUAUGGCAUUUUAAAGAUUAUACAUGUAGCUACCCAUAUCCUUGUAUAAGUGCAAUAGAAUGUGAUUACAAAUACACAUUUGUGUGUGUAUCCAUGUACCGGUAUGUUGUUGGUUAAGCAUGAAAGAAGUCCAAUACAUUUGUUUUGUGUGUUUCACCUUCUGUAUAUGUGUAUAGAUACAAGUAUACAGAUGGAAAACUAUGAUCAAUUAAUUAGCAUUGUAUAAGAAAAUUUAAUUCCUGAAAUUAUUUAACUGUAGUAGCAAUUAAUGUUGCAGUUGAAAGUUAAUUUUUUAUACUAUACAUGUACCGGUAUGUAUUGAACCCUCACAACAUGUAAAUGGAAUAUAUCUAGUGGAAAAUACCAAGAUAUAAGAGCAAUGAAUCUUCUUGAUAUUGAUUGGCAAUAUUUUCCAACACAAAUUCAGAACUGUUCAUAAAUUGAAUUAAUUAGUUAAUUAGUUAAUUGUGGCACCAAUAUACUGAUAACUUUAACACAGUCUAGUCAUUUACGAGAUUGGUUUGCCUUUCAUUGAUUAAUUGUGCAUGUAUGUAUAUAUAUAUAUCCUUGAUAUACCAGUUCCUGUAUGUAUAUACUUGCUGAUUUUUAUUAUAUACAUUUUGCUAUACAACUGAAAUUUUGCCUGAUCCAAAGGUUAAUCAUCUGUUGAGGAUUUCAUUCUUAUUUUAACAGAACUUUGAAGCUUUACACUCUUGAUCAAUGAAUUGCCAUUAUUGGUUGUUGAAUUGAAAGGGUGGAAAGUAAAACCAUAAUAUUUUAAAACACUUAAAAAAUGUUCAGGGAAAUUAGAGAAUAUUAUAUACCGGUAUAUAUACAUGUAUGUUGUAUUUAACAAAUAGGGACGUAUAUGGCACAUCCUUUAAGAUGUUUGCAAUAUUCAUACAAUUUGGACUGAUUUUAAAUAAUAAUUAAUUUGAAAAAAUAAAGUUACAAAAAGGAAAUGUUCCUAUAUAUAUAUUGUUAUCAGUUUCAGAUAUUGUGCCAUUAAUACAGUGCAAUAUAGUAUUUGGUUUUUCUUGUAACUUAAAAGUGAGGUAUGAAAACCAAGCAUACCUUUACUUGGUAGAUUAAGUUACCCUAUAUGCAUGCCUAUGUGCUAAGCAUUAGACCUAGAGCUUUUGUGUUAUUUAAACAGCUUAAAUUAAGAUCAUAUUUCAUGGUUUUAAAAUCUUAAUAAUGCAUGAGGAUGGGAGGCUAAUUUCUAAAUACUGAUCAAUUUUCUAAAGGAAUACCAUAUUACAUUAACACUCCAAAAAUUUCUAUCUUAUCGUAGUCCUUAUCUGUAUGCUUGUUUUAACACAUUGUUUUAAUUAUGCUCUUUUUUAUUUGCAAGUGUGAUCUUUCAAACUAGUCUAACUUAACAUUAGAUGUUUGAUUUUUUAAAAAUAAUUAUGUCCUGAUUUUUCUUUGAAACAGUUGAUUAAAAAAUUCCUUCUUUUGUUAAAUAUUUCCUUUUUUUGCUGUUAUAUGUUUAUGCAUAAUUAAUUGUAAAAAUUUGUCGUGACAUUGUUGAAGAGUUAUUCUUUUUUGCAAAAAAAACUUAUGAAAUGACCUUAAAUUUACACAAAAUGAAAUGGUGUAAGAGUUGACAUAUCUCAUAAUCACAUAGAUGUAAUGUAUGAGUGUAUGUCGUAUAAUUUGUUUUUCUUUUGUAUAUCAUUAUGAAGCGUUACCCUGUACCAUUUGUGACUAUUAAAACAAGCCUUUGUGUUACAUGUAUGCAAGUUUGAAUUAGUUAUAAUUAAAUAAUGAUGAAAAUUCA